UGUCUGGGGGAGGGGACGAGCCAGCCGCUGGGGCAGCCCCAAGAGCGCACGCCGCCCGUGCGGCAGCUGCUGCGCCCUGGGCUGGGCUCCCCGGGAUCCCCGCCGGCGCCAUGGACCGAGGCCGGGUACUGGAGCAGCUCAUCCCAGAGCUCACUGGACUCCUCAGCCUCCUGGACCAUGAGUACCUCAGUGACAGUACCCUGGAGAAGAAGAUGGCCGUGGCCUCCAUCCUGCAGAACCUGCAGCCCCUCCCAGCGAAAGAAGUCUCCUUCCUGUAUGUGAAUACUGCAGACCUGCACUCGGGUCCCAGCUUUGUGGAGUCUCUCUUUGAAGAAUUUGACUGUGACCUGGGUGACCUUCGGGAUAUGUCGGAUGAUGGGGAGCAACCCAGCAAGGGAGCCAGCCCGGAGCCAACCAAGAGCCCGUCUCCGAGAAGUGCAGCUGUUGUGCCUCCACCACUGCCCAACAAGCCUCCCCCUGAGGAUUACUAUGAAGAAGCCUUUCCCCUGGGGCCCGGCAAGUCCCCCGAGUACAUCAGCUCUCACAAUGGCUGCAGCCCAGCCCAGUCGAUUGUAGGUGGCUACUAUGAGGACGCGGACAGCAGCUACCCCACCACAAGGCUGAACGGAGAGCUGAAGAACUACAAUGACUCUGACGCCAUGAGUAGCUCCUACGAGUCCUACGAUGAGGAGGAGGAGGAAGAGAAGGGGCGGCGGCCCAGGCACCAGUGGCCCUCGGAGGAGGCCUCCAUACACCUGGUUAGGGACUGCAGGAUAUGUGCCUUCCUGCUUCGGAAAAAGCGCUUUGGGCAGUGGGCCAAGCAGCUGACGGUCAUCAAGGAGGAUCAGCUACUGUGUUACAAAAGCUCCAAGGACCGGCAGCCGCAUCUGAGGCUGGCGCUAGAUGCCUGCACCGUCGUCUACGUGCCCAAAGACAGCAGGCACAAGCGACAUGAGCUGCGCUUCUCCCAGGGGGCCACAGAGGUGUUGGUGCUGGCUCUGCAGAGCAGGGAGCAGGCAGAGGAGUGGCUGAAGGUUAUCCGUGAGGUCAGCCGGCCGUGUGGGGGAGCAGAGGGCUUGGAGGCCCCCAGAUCUCCAGUCUUCCUGUGUAAGCUGGAUCAGGACAAGAGAUUGUCCCAAGAGAAACAGAACUCGGACUCUGACAGCUUGGGCAUGAAUGACAGCAGUUCCACCCUGAGCCGCCGAGAAGCCUGUGAACAUGGCAAAGGGAAGAAGAAUAGCCUCGCUGAGCUAAAGGGCUCCAUGAGCAGGGCUGCAGGCCGGAAGAUCACGCGCAUCAUCAGUUUCUCCAAGAAGAAGGCGCUGGGCGAGGACCUGCAGACGUUUUCCAGUGAGAAUGAGGUUCCGUGCUGCGGCUACCUAAACGUGCUGGUAAACCAGGGCUGGAAGGAACGGUGGUGCCGCCUCAAGUGUAACACUCUCUAUUUCCACAAAGACCGCACAGACCUGCACACCCACGUGAAUGCCAUUGCCCUGGGGGGCUGUGAGGUAGCCCCAGGCUUUGGACCCAGGCACCCGUUUGCCUUCAGGAUCCUGCGCAAUCGGCAGGAGGUGGCCAUCCUGGAGGCAAGCUGUUCAGAAGACAUGGGCCGCUGGCUCGGGCUGCUGCUGGUGGAGAUGGGAUCCAAAGUCACCCCAGAGGCCCUGCACUAUGACUACGUGGAUGUGGAAACCCUAACCAGCAUUGUCAGUGCUGGGCGCAACUCCUUCCUGUAUGCACAAUCCUGCCAGGAUCAGUGGCCUGAGCCCCGUGUCUAUGAUGAGGUUCCUUAUGAAAAGGUGCAGGAUGAGGAGCCCCAGCGCCCCACCGGGGCUCAGGUGAAGCGCCAUGCCUCCUCCUGCAGUGAGAAGUCCCACCGUGUGGACCCGCAGGUCAAAGUCAAGCGCCAUGCCUCCAGUGCCAAUCAAUACAAGUAUGGCAAGAACCGGGCUGAGGAGGACGCCCGCAGGUACCUGGUAGAAAAAGAGAGGCUGGAAAAAGAGAAGGAGAUGAUUCGGACGGAACUGAUGGCUUUGCGGCAGGAGAAGAAGGAACUGAAGGAAGCCAUCCGGAACAACCCAGGUACCUGCCAAGGAGCGAAGGUGAAGGCCAUGGAGGAGGCUGUGGCCACUCUAGAAGCACAGUGUCGUGCCAAGGAGGAGCAGAGGAUCGACCUGGAGCUGAAGCUGGUGGCUGUCAAGGAGCGCUUGCAACAGUCCUUGGCAGGGGGCCCGGCCCUGGGCCUAUCUGUGGGCAGCAAGAACAAGAGCCAGGAAACUACAAAUAAACCCCAAAGCACUGCCCCCGAGCAGUCUCUCCCUGUCAACUGUGUUUCUGAGCUGAGGAAGAGAAGUCCAUCCAUUGUCACCUCCAACCAAGGAAGAGUGCUACAGAAGGCCAAGGAAUGGGAGAUGAAGAAGACCUAGGAAGGGUGAGAAGUCCAUCCUGAAGGAGUAUCAGCUUGUCCAUCUAAUGGGGAAAUGCUUUCUUCACAAAGACAUCAGGAAAAGACCCGAAGCACCCAGAAGAUCAGCUUGGUCGUCUGCAUGAUUUUAGGGACUGUGGGAAGGGAGAAGGGGGAAAGCAUCCUUCUGGCUUUACAGAGGGUGGAGGUGGGAGUGGUGGGAGAUAGACUCGUUCGUUCGCCGUUGUAAAGGCUUUGUUAGGUCUCUCUGCCUUCUGAAGCAAUGAAAGCACAUGUGAAUAAGCCAUCCCAUCCUUUCUCAGCAUCCGUCCCUGUCCUUAAGGCAAAGGAAGACAGCACUGAAGCACUGGUAGUGUCAUGAUGAAGAAGACGCCCCAUCACCUGAAAACACUUAAGGAGACUGCAUUUCUAUUGGGCCUUACAGAUGACCUCUGAGCAGGGGUAAUGGACUGGAAAGUCGCUAUAUCCCUGUGUGCACAACAGUGAACAAAAGCUAUUAAGAACCUAAAAAUUCCACAGUCACCCAGUGGUGGUGCCACACGCCUUUAUUCUCAGCACUUGGAAGGCAGAGACAGGCAGAUCUCUGUGAGUUCGAGGCCAGCCUGGUCUACUGAGUGAGUCCCAGGAUAGCUAGGGCUGUUACACAGGGAAACCCUGUCUCGAAAAAAUAGAAGAAAAAAUAUUUCAGUCAUUCUUCAUCUGUUUUAUAGCCUGGCAAAGUAUAGCCACUAAAACCUUCCAUGUUUGAGCAUUUUAAAAUCAUGAGUAUUCAGAGAGUAAAGAAAGUUGAACAUCUGGCCUAUUGUAAAGUUGUAGAAGUAUGGAGUUCAAAUGCCCACAUACUGUUGCAUUCUUUGGAGGAUGGAGUUAUUUGCUGUCAGUCAAGUCCUUACCUAUUUAAUGUGACACCAAGGCCCCUGGGUUUAUGGUUGGAAGACUAAGUCUUCAGCCUAAUGAAGUCUUUAUCUUGUACUAGGAGGCCCACAAGUCUGGCUCUGUAUCUGCUGUGACGUGAAACUAUUGAGGAAAGCCAACAGGAUGAUGGCUCGCUUCUGCUCACCAUGAGGGUGCUAAGCCUCUCCCAAACACUUGAUAUUUGUAUAGGACCUCAAGUCCUAGCAUUGUCUUUUCUAUGCCGUUCAUGACUGUCUCAACACUGGGCGUUUGGGUCGAUUUUUAACAUAUUCAUCUCCAAUAAAGAUGAAAAUGCUCAACUCUGA